CACACCAUCAUCAUCAUCACGGCAACAUAAGCGUGCGUGUUCAUAAAGAAUGUCUUCAAGAAUACGCAAAGAACGUGGAAGUGUGGCAGGAUCGGAUGAACAACAAUUAUGGCAGACAGUCCGGGCUCAUUUACGAUCACUAGAGAAACUACAAUCCACAUCGAUAAAUGAUGUCACAACACUAGAUCAAAGGCGACAAAGAUACGUAAAAGAAUACGCAAACAGUAGAGAAUCAAGUGCGAGCGUUGAUGAUGGAGAAAAGAAUGACUUGAUUGGUCAUUAUAAAAAAGUUCAGAGUGACUUAGAAGAAGAACAGUUAGAGAUCGGUCGUGCGUUGGAAAAAUUGGAAGUUUUAUUGGCUGUUAGAGAUGAUGGUAGCUUUUCAACGGCUAUUGAUCCACUAUCGUCGAAACGGAAAAAGAGAAGGUUGGACGCUGGUUCGAUCUCACCUACCCUACAGGCUGCUUCGAUCAGCGCAAAGGAUAGAGCAAUGUCGCCUCUAUCUGUCGAAGGUGAUACCGUACCUGCAUCCGGACAGGAUCGCAAACGUAGCCAUACGAAGGGACAAUCUGGAGGCAGUGGAACGGGAAGUACAGGAGCAGGUCCAAUGGCAAGACGAUUGACGGCAUCUUCGAUCGGUAAAGAUUCCGCAUCAGGAGAUGGCCCCGGCACAAGCACAGGCGCAGGAAAGGAUGGAUACAUUGAUCCUGCAAAAGCACGAAGAGAAACAUUGGCACAUCAAUUACCCCUGCAAAAAGGUAGAAAGGUUGCAUUCAGACAACCGAGUAAAAAUAAAGUUGGACCGGGAGCUGCAAAUGUUUCAGCUAGAGGCGGACCGGGUGGAGAUCCUUCUUCUGCUGCUGGAAUGGAAGAUGAUGGUGAAACUUGGAUCAUGGCAACUGUGAUCGAAUGCAUUAAUAAUGACAGAAAUCGAUACGUUGUUCGAGAUGACGAAGAUGAAGGAAUGCCAACGUACAACACAACCUUGAAAGCUGUUGUUCCACUACCGGAAAACCUCAACACGCUUCCUUUGGAUGACUAUAAAGUGGGAACACACGUUUUGGGAUUGUAUCCUGACACUUCUUGCUUUUACCGUGCUAUCGUUAGAGGUGGCGGACCAGGCUUGAACGGAAAGGUAACCCAAAAGAUGAUGAGAAGGGCAGAUGAGAUUCUCAAUACACCCUACCAACUCGAAUUUGAAGAUGAUGACGGAGCAAUACGCGACGUGCCAGCCAAUCUGGUGGUGGAACGGCUAUGAUUUCGAUACAGAUGUACUAUACUAAAUUGUAUGAUUUACGAUUGAAUUGCUAUAAUACAAAGUGGCUAAUACUGGUACAGAG